AUGAUGAUCAAUAGCAUGGCAUCGAAACGGAAUUCCCGAGCUUUUGUGGACGAGUCCACACACAUCACAGAAGGCCACACAACGCCCAACGGGACACAAUUUCGAUCAAGACACGGAUCUCGUAGCACUUCCAAGGACGAAGUGAAGCAAGAAAUGGAGGAGGCGCUUUCAACCAUGAGUCGCACACCCAGCUUUACUGCUGUCGCAAUGGAGACUUCUCUAUCAACAUCCACAAGUGAUAGCGACUCACGCUCUUCAUCCAUUUCCCCACCCAUGUCUACAGAUGGCCGACCUUUCAACUUCGGAGUUGUUGUUCCAGGUGUCUACCGAAGCAGCUUCCCCAAGUCCCACGACUUCGAAUACAUCAAGGGCUUGGGGCUCAAGACUAUUGUCACGCUCGUCAAGAAGGAUGACCUUGAUCACGACCUUGAGACUUUCAUUACUCGCGAGGGCAUUCGACAAGUUGUCUUCAACAUGAAGGGUACCAAGAAGGAGGCUAUCCCAUUGGACACGAUGAAGGGCAUUCUCAACGUCGUUCUCGACAAGUCAAAUUACCCCCUCCUGAUCCAUUGCAACCAUGGCAAGCACCGAACAGGAUGCGUCGUUGGUGUCGUUCGCAAGAUUACCGGCUGGGACGCCGCACGGGUUGUCGCAGAGUACAACACCUACGCCGAGCCCAAGGCUCGAGAGUGCGAUGUCACAUAUCUUGAGGGCUUCGAGGUUUCAAGUCUAGUUCUUGCCAAUACACUAGGGCAACGAGAUGUUUGCUCACGAUGCGAUCGACUCCAAUCUCGCACGUUCUUUCGGGCCGUCGUCUUCUCAACCGCCGUCCUGACCUUGUGGUUCCUGUCCGGGUCAAGACUCGGUACAGCUACGGGACUCGACCCUCUCUGA